CGUGACGGUGACGCCAUGAGCUCUCCCAGGCCGACUUUCAAAAUAUAUAUCAAUGACGUUGAACUGCUGGACGAUGAGGAAGAAGAGGACAAGAAGAAGAAGGAAAAGGAAGAGGAGGGAUGGUUUUGGGGCAAAUCUCGCUCGCAGUCCACUUGGUACCUGAAUGAGGAACCGGAGGUGAGUGUUAAACUUUCGUCUUGGAGCGGCCAAGCGCCGACGUGGCGACUAUGGGGAGAGGAAAAAUGCGACGGCGCCAUCUAUACUGUGUACCUGAAGAAGGUGCGCUACCAUCAUCCUUCGCGGAGUAUAACACAGGAGAACGAUGACGACGAGAUCUCUCACCUGGAGUGGGAGACGGUGCGGGUCCGGUUCCUCAAGGCCGGGACUCUGGAGCGCCUGGUAGAGUCCCUGGCAUCAGACACCGGAGAACUCGAGUCUACUUUUGUCAAUGUGUUCCUGGCCACCUACCGCACCUUCUCCUCCACCAGGCAGGUUCUCAACCUCAUCAUUGACCGCUACCUCGCUCUCCAAGCCUUCGCCUCCUCUUCAUCCUCCUCGUCACCCCCCAAUUGCAAUAAGAAGAUCAAUGUACCACAUCAUCUCUGCGAGGAUCACAUGAAGGCCCUGCGGCUCACCCUGCAGGUGUGGCUGGACGGAUACCCUGAGGACUUCCGAGACCCUCCAGAUUUUCCAUGUCUGCAGCAGCUGAAGGACUUCACUUCUGAAAACCUUCCAGAUUCUGAUCUUCACAUAAAAGUUUCCCAUAAGUUAGAGAAAAUGAAGCGAGAACAUGAUAUCAAGGGUUCUCCCAUGUUGGACAAGAUACUGUCAUGUGGCGAUGAAAUGCGUGUCCACUGUCCUUCACCUAUGACCAACGGCACACACCAUCCUUAUGACUUUCCGGAUAUACCAGAUUCUACUUUUGCCCAACAACUGACACGCAUGGAUACAGUGCUUUUCAAGGGAGUUAUUGCUCACCAGUGUCUGGGAUCAGUUUGGUCACGGCGGGACAGAGGCCGUGGGGAUGCCUCUGCUUCAGUUGCAGCCACAGUGGAACAAUUCAAUGCUGUGAGCUUCAGAGUCCAGUCUACUAUCUUGGUUGACACUGAACUGAAGCCCUCACAGCGUGCUAGACUCAUCACAAAGUGGAUUGACAUUGCUCAGGAAUUAAGGAUGCAUAAAAAUUUUUCAUCCUUGAAGGCCAUCAUCUCGGGACUUCAGUCAAAUCCUAUCUAUAGAUUGAAGAAAACUUGGGGUGCUGUGAUUAAAGAUAAGGCAGAGCUAUUUGAAGAACUUGCCAGAAUAUUCAGUGAGGAGAAUAAUCAGUUGAACCAGAGAGAACUAUUGAUGAAAGAGGGAACAGCCAAACAUGCUCAGACAGCCCAUGCCAGUGAUCGUCACUUGCCCAAGGCUCUGGAGAAGCUAGCUACUAAUCCACUGGCUAUAAGUUAUGGUACCAUUCCUUAUCUUGGCACAUUCCUCACUGAUCUGACUAUGAUUGAUACUGCCAUUCCUGACACAGUAGCUGAUGGGCUUAUAAAUUUUGACAAAAAACGCAAGGAAUUUGAAGUCCUGGCUCAGGUAAGAUUGCUACAAGGAGCAGCAAAUGCUUACCAGAUGGAGAGAGAUGAACAGUUUGAGCGUUGGUGGGAAUCUGUUCUUGUGCUGGAUGACAAGGAAGCAUGGCGGCUAUCCUGUCAGAUUGAACCUCAAGGGUCUUCCUCUACCAGAGAAGGAAAAAUAAGAAAGCGAGCUCAGUAUGGACACCGCAAAAAUGACAGCAUUGCAAGCACCUCUUCGGGGUCCUCCACCAGCCAGUUCUUUUUUGACAAUGACUCUCUGUGCAGCCCACUCAGUCACAAUGACUCUUGUUCCUUGGAGAGAAAGAUGUCUACCUCAUCCAGUAGCUCCUCACUUCCCUCCUUAGAUGUGUCUGUCCACUCUGGUGGCACCACAACCUCUGGUCGCACCCCAGACCGCUCUGUUUCUACCACACAGCUCAAUCAGCCACACCAGGCAUCUCCUUAUAUCACACCUGAUUUUUACAUUAUCAGGGUUUCCAUUGAAAGUAGUGCCCAUGAAAUAGAAGGAGUGAACUUGUACAAGAGCAUCAUGUUGAGUAACUCUGAGCGCACCAUUUCUGUUAUACGCAAGGCAAUGGAGAAGCAUGGCUUUGAAGGCAAUCCAGAAGAUUAUACUCUUGCACAAUUCCUCCCUGAUGGAGAGAUGUUGCUGCCUUCUUCAGCAAAUGUGUACUAUGCCAUCAAUACGCAGCAUGACCUUAAUUUUGUGCUGCGAAGGCGGCGACAUGGGGAUGACACAACCAUUAUCAGGAGAAAUCCCGCUAAGGACCAUAAAGUAAGGAAGAAGCUCUUGGUGACCUAGUCAGGUCAACCAUGUGACAUCAUGAUUGCCUGCAUUAUGACCUUUGUAACUCAGACAAGCUGUCUUGAUUGGCUCCAUUUGGAAAUCCAGCAAGAUCUUGCUUUGUGCUCUUCAUGGCAACUAAAAUGUGUGACUACUGCAUUAUGAGUGGUAUACUGUGGCUGUUAAUAGAAAAAAAAAGUGGCAUAGCCGAAGGAUUAUUAUGGACACAUGAUGACUCAUUCCUGAGAAUUAUUGUGCAUUGACUUCAGUUUCACUUGUGCUGUGAACCCAUGUUGACUCUUUAUAAGUGACUUUUUGUGAUCCCAUUGGCUAAUAACUAGACAUCCAUGGUGUAAGGCAUUGAAACCAUACCUAUAAGGUAUUGCUGUAGUGUACACGUGUAGCUUCUUGUGAAUGCUGUUUCAUGUACACAAUACUCAAACAUCUACAUUACUCAGCUUUAAGACUAGGAACUUGUGUGAAGGAUUCCUAUCACAUUAGAACUCACAUUUUUGCAGUCCCGGUAUUUUCUUUGUAUACAUAACCCUUUCAUCUGGAUCCCAGUUUCUUGUGCUGAAUUAGCCACGUUGCUAACUCAGUACAGCCACACAUGUUGACCUUCCCCAUGCAUCUCCCACUACUGUCACUUGCGAGUGGGAGUAUUGUGCACCCUCACCUCAUCAAGCACACAUCCUGCACUCUGUGAUUGAUGUAAAGAAAUUUCUUUACAUACUUCACUGUCAGUCUUAAGAUACCCCUCACUCACUGGCAUCUUUACCCUACUCAUCUUCAUAAGGCCCAAGUAGUAAGUGCACUCUCACACAUCCCAGUAUCCAACAUCCCCCUCCUGUUUAACACUCUAUCAGAUAAUUACAAUUCAUCUGUGUUUUGUAAUAAGAAAAUCUCAAAGUUGUUUUCAAAAGUAGUGUAUUUACUUGCUGUUUAUCUCUUUGCUGAAAGAUCUUUUAAUGCAGAGUACAGGUUUAUUUAAUGGAGUUCAAAUUAUAUCUUUAUUGAGCUGUAAAUAGUGUUAAGCUCUUGUAUACAUGUACAUUGUUACCUUUGUAAAUAAAUUCUAGAAUUUUUA